AGAAACCAGAAAAGAAACAGUAGGAGGAUUUUAGAAGGACAUAACAUAAGGUGGAGUUUAAGGCACAAAACAUGUUUAUAUAAAUAAUUUUGUGUCCGAAAAUUCCAUUUCCCCUUUUUGUUUUUUAAUUUCUUCUUCUCCGAUUCCUGCGUUCUCCUUUCAUUUCAGUUGCUUCUCGUUGAAUAAUUGAACUCGGCUCCCAACUACUACUUCUUUGUUUGUUUCAAUUUCAAUUAUGUGAAACCUCAGAAAACAGAAACCGCUGUUCUGUUUUUGUUUCAUGUUUUUGUCUGAGUUUGUUGUGUCGCUGUGGCUGUUUGGAUCUCUGAACUCAACUUAACCAUGAAUCUCAGCAACGGGAGGGGAUCCAUGUCGACGGUUACUUCAGGUGCUGCUGUGAAAUCCGCCGACGCCGUCUCCGACCAGUUUCCGGCGGGUCUGCGGGUCCUUGUUGUGGACGAUGAUCCCACGUGUCUCAUGAUUCUCGAGAAGAUGCUCCGAACUUGUCUUUACGAAGUUACCAAAUGCAAUACAGCAGAGAAAGCACUUACACUUCUGCGAAAGAAUAAAAAUGGGUUUGACAUUGUUAUCAGUGAUGUGCAUAUGCCAGACAUGGAUGGAUUUAAACUGUUAGAACACAUUGGCUUGGAAAUGGACCUCCCUGUUAUCAUGAUGUCUGCAGAUGAUGGUAAAAACGUUGUUAUGAAGGGUGUAACACACGGUGCCUGCGAUUACUUAAUUAAACCGGUUCGCAUAGAGGCUUUGAAGAACAUAUGGCAGCAUGUCGUUCGCAAGAGAAAGAAUGAAUGGAGAGAUACUGAGCAGUCGGGUAGUGCCGAAGAAGGAGAUCGACAGCAGAAGGCAUCGGAUGACGCGGAUUACUCGUCGUCGGCAAAUGAAAGCAACUGGAGAAACUCGAAGAAGAGGAGGGAUGAGGAAGAGGAAGCAGAGGAAAGAGAUGACACUUCAACUUUAAAGAAGCCAAGAGUUGUUUGGUCUGUUGAGCUGCAUCAACAGUUUGUAGCUGCUGUAGAUCAACUGGGAAUUGAUAAGGCUGUACCCAAAAAGAUUCUUGAAUUGAUGAAUGUUCCUGGACUCACCAGAGAAAAUGUAGCCAGCCACCUUCAGAAAUACCGUUUGUACCUCCGAAGGUUGAGUGGGGUUUCUCAGCAUCAGAAUAACAUGAACAGUUCCUUCAUGAAUCCUCAAGAUGCAACAUUUGGGACAAUUUCUUCGAUUAAUGGAAUUGAUCUUCAAACUCUUGCAGCUGCUGGCCAACUUCCAGCACAAAGUCUAGCCACACUUCAAGCAGCUGGACUUGGUAGGUCAACUCCGAAAGCGGGUUUACCCAUGCCCAUCAUGGAUCAAAGAAACCUUUUUAGUUUUGAAAACCCAAGGUUAAGAUUCAGUGAAGGGCAACAACAACAACAACAUUUGAGUAACAGUAAACCAGUGAACUUACUUCACGGAAUCCCUACAAAUAUGGAACCAAAGCAGCUUGCCAGUUUGCACCAAUCAUCCCAACCCCUUGGCAACAUGACCGUCCGAGUCAAUGCUUCUACACAGAGCAAUCCCUUGUUAAUGCAGAUGGCACAAUCCCAACCCAGAGGACACAUGCUAAGCGAAAAUACUGGUCCUCACCUUCCCAGACUCCCAUCAUCUUUGGGGCAGCCUAGUGCAUCAAAUGGAACUUCUAAUGCUCUUAUGGGCAGGAAUGGGAUUGCGGGUAGUACUAGAGCACCUGGCUACAAUCCUAUUUCACAAAGCUCUUCAAUGAUGAAUUUUCCCAUCAAUCAAACCACUGAAAUGCCCAUCAGCAGUUUCCCUCUUGGAAGCACUCCUGGUAUAUCCAGUAUCACAACAAAAGGCUCGUUUCAAGAAGAAGUUACUUCUGGAAUUAAACGGGCAGGCGGGUUUGUUCCAAAUUAUGACAUUUUUAGUGAACUGAAAAAGCCACUUGAUUGGGAGGUAUCGAAUCCAAGCCUUACGUAUAAUGCUGCCUCUCAGCAUGCAAAUCCUUUACAUGGUAACAUUGAUGUCUCGCCUUCAGUUUUAGUGCAGCAGAGCUUUUCUUCUAACCAACAGACGGGACAAAGCAGAGAUGCCAAUACCAUGAUUGUAAAGCCUAUAUUCUCUGCGAGCGAAAGCAUGGAGCAAGGCACUCUCCAAAAUCAACACCUCAAUACACUCGUCACUGACAACUCAAUAAGGGUUAAGACCGAAAGAAUCCCUGAUGCAAGCUCCCAAACUAACUUCUAUCCUGAGCAUUAUGGGCAGGAGGAUCUCAUGAGUGCACUUCUCAAACAGCAAGAAGGCAUUGGACCUGCUGAGAAUGAUUUCGACUUCGACGGGUAUUCCCUGGAUAACGUUCCGGUCUAGAACAGACCUUGUAUAGUUCCUUCCACUUGCAGUUGCCAGUGUAAAUAGUUGCUGUUACAUAUGCUUUAUCAUUCUGCAAUCAGCUAGUUUGGAACUGAGUGUAAAUUGUUCAACAAACAGAUAUUCAGACUUCUGGAAAUAGUGAACGACAGUGGUUUAGUCUCGACACGAAAUCUGUUAAAGACGCGAUAAAGAUGCCUCAACUGCAUAUAUGCAAAGGGCAUGGACAAUUUUUGACUGCUUUGAAUAACAAAAUUCCUAGUAAGCUUCUAACUUUAGGGUGUUGAUGAAGGUAUGUUGGGUUAGGGAGGAUUGCAGAAGCAAGGUUUUGAUACAUCUGCAGACUCGUAGGAGCAU